AUGGCGACACAACUCGGUAUUCUGCUGUUGUCAGCAGCGUCGGUCAUGGCCUCAUAUGCAAGCUCACCACCAGUCUACCCAUCGCCUCCGGGCAUCGGAACCGGCAAAUGGGAGGAGGCCUACGUCAGUGCCAGAGAACUUGUGAGCCAGAUGACCCUAGAAGAAAAGGUCAACAUCACCCGAGGCUUCACUGUGUCCGACAACGUUUGCGCUGGCAACACGGGAACCGUACCGCGAUUGAACUGGCCCGGCAUGUGUCUUCAUGAUGCUGGAAACGGUGUUCGUGCUACCGACAUGGUCAACUCAUACCCAUCUGCCAUUCAUGCUGGUGCGAGUUGGGACAAAAACCUGACCUAUGAGAGGGGACUCUACAUGGGCCUGGAGUUCAAAGCCAAAGGAGUAAAUGUCAUGCUUGGGCCAAAUGCUGGGCCACUCGGGAGGUCUCCCUUGGCUGGGCGCAAUUUUGAAGGCUUUUCUGUCGACCCUUAUCUAUCCGGUAGGCUCAAUGCCGAGACCAUUACUGGUACCCAGGAUGCAGGAGUCAUUGCAGUGAUCAAGCAUCUCAUUGCCAAUGAGCAAGAGACAUACAGACGGCCAUACUUUGGAGUCGAAGCCGCUUCCUCUAAUAUCGACGAUAAGACUCUGCAUGAGUACUACUUUUGGCCGUUCAUGGACGCUGUCCAGGCGGGAGUUGCAUCAGCCAUGUGUUCAUACAAUCGCAUCAACAAUACCUAUGGAUGCGAAAAUAGUAAGCUCAUGAAUGGGCUGCUGAAAACGGAGACCUCAUUCCAAGGCUUCAUCAUGUUGGACUGGAAUGCAGUGCACAGCCUCGACUCGGCCAAUGCUGGACUUGACAUGCUCAUGCCUGGAGGCGGCAAUUGGGGCGACAACUUGACGGCAGCAGUCCACAAUGGCAGUGUGAGUGAGGAUAGAGUUACAGACAUGGCAGUCCGCAUCACUGCUGCGUGGUACUUGGUGGGACAAGAUGGCACUAACUUCCCCACACCAGGAAUAGGCAUGAAAAAUCUCACACUCCCGCAUGAUAUUGUUGAUGCAAGACUACCAGAAUCGGAGCCCAUACUGCUCGAAGGUGCAGUUGCUGGUCAUGUCCUUGUCAAGAAUGUCAAUGAGGCGCUGCCACUCAAGGCGAAACCGAAAAUGCUAUCAGUGUACGGUUAUGAUGCCACGAUACCGAGAACCAAGAACACCGACACUGUGUUCCAACUGGGAUACUUCUCUUCACCAGAGAUGACACAAGCGGUUCUUGGAACUGAACAACAUUUUGACCAAGCCGCAAAAGGCGGGACCAUCGUCGUUGGUGGAAGGGCGGGAGCCAAUGCGCCAAGCUACAUUAUAGAUCCAUUGGCCGCGAUUCAACAACGCGCAAAAGCCGACGGCACGUGGCUCAACUGGGAUCUUGACUCCACAAAUCCCGGAGUCAAUGCCGCUUCUGAUGCUUGCCUGGUGUUUAUCAAUGCCAUAUCGACGGAGGGUUGGGAUAGAGAUGGACUCCAUGAUGACUCCAGCGAUGGCCUCGUUCUCAACGUUGCAUCAAAGUGUGCCAAUACCAUUGUAGUGGUUCACACUGUAGGGGUACGGCUCGUCGACCAAUGGAUUGAUCAUCCUAACGUGACUGCAACCAUCAUAGCACAUCUUCCUGGGCAGGACAGUGGCACCGCUCUCGUUCAGCUCCUCUAUGGCGAAGCAGGAUUUUCUGGAAAGCUGCCAUAUACCAUGGCCAAGAACGAAAGUGAUUACUCAGUCUAUCAUGUUUGCGGCAAGAUAGGGCCCAAUGACACAGAUCCUCAAUGCGACUAUACUGAAGGUGUCUACCUCGACUACCGAUAUUUCGACGAGAAGAACAUCACCCCACGCUACGAAUUUGGAUAUGGUCUGACCUAUACAACUUUUGACUUUGACCAAUUAUCAAUCAACUCCACAGGACUCAAUGCUGCCCUGGAUUCUCAUGCAGAUCUGUGGACUAUCAUCACAACAGUCGACAGCACGGUCACAAACACGGGCCCAGUGGCGGGUGCAGAGGUGGCGCAGCUGUACAUGGCCAUUCCUAAUAGUCCACCGAAGCAGCUCCGCGGAUUCGAAAAAGUACAUCUCCAGCCAGGGGAGUCAGCAACAGUUCGUUUCGAAUUGACUCGACGGGACCUUAGUGUCUGGGACGUAGCAUCACAGCAGUGGAAGGUCCAGGACGGCAACUACACCGUGUUUGUAGGUGCUAGUAGUCGCGAUGUUAGAAUGACGGGGACCAUCCAGGUUUAG